AGUUGUGGUUGUUCAGUGGAAGCAACAAAUAGGAAGUUUUGUUGAAGGGUUUCAACGGCAGCAGAGUGCUAUGGCUGAAGCAUAUGACGUGGUUAUAGUGGGAGCUGGCAUCAUUGGGUUGACCAUCGCUCGCCACUUCCUCAUCUCUUCCGAUCUCUCCGUCGCCAUAAUCGAUAAGGAAGUUCCUUGUUCCGGUUCUACUGGCGCUGGACAGGGAUAUCUGUGGAUGAUAUACAAAACCCCUGGGAGUGCUAUAUGGGAUCUUUCUCAGAGGAGCCACCAACUUUGGAAAAUGCUGGCACACAGCAUAGAAGAGGAAGGCUUGGAUCCUAUGGUGGAGCUGGGCUGGAAAAAAUGUGGGAGCCUAUUAAUUGGUAGAACUGAAGAAGAAUCAGACAUGCUAAAAGGGUGGGUGAAACAACUUUGUGAAGCUGGGUUGAAAGCAGAGUACCUAAGUAGCAAUGAAUUGAUUAGAAAGGAACCUGAUCUGUUGGUGGACAAAUAUAGUGGAGCUGCAUUUCUACCAGAUGACUGCCAAUUGGAUGCUCGUCGGACUGUUGCAUAUAUUGAAAAGACUAACAGGAAUUUUGCAGCAAAAGGAAGAUAUACUGAAUUUUACAAUGACCCAGUGAAACGUUUCAUCAGGUCAGAUAUCAAUGGGGAGGUCAAAGCUGUUCAGACUUCCAACAACACAAUAUACAGCAAGAAAGCAGUCAUAGUUGCUGCUGGUUGUUGGACUGGUUCCUUGAUGCAAGACUUGUUUAGAAAUUGGAAAAUGGAUUUACAUGUUCCGUUAAAACCCAGAAAGGGUCAUCUACUCGUGCUUGAGAAUUUCAACUCCCUUAAAUUGAAUCAUGGCUUGAUGGAGGCAUCUUAUCUCAAACAUUCAACGAUUUCUGGUAUAGAAUCGUCUGAUCCUGAACAAAACUUAUCUGUUUCAAUGACAGCAAAUAUAGACGCAGCAGGGAAUCUUCAACUUGGGAGUAGCCGUGAAUUUGUUGGUUUCAACACCGAUUUGGAUGAGUCUGUGGUAAGUCACAUAUGGAAGAGAGCUGGAGAAUUCUUUCCCAAAUUGAAAACGCUUUCCCUUCCAGAUCUAAGUGCAAUUAGAAAAGUGAGAACAGGAUUACGACCUUACAUGCCUGACGAAAAGCCAGUGAUAGGGCCUGUGCCUGGCCUUUCAAAUGUGUUCCUUGCAGCUGGACACGAAGGGUGUGGGCUUUCAAUGGCUAUGGGGACUGCUGAAAUGAUAGUUGAGAUGGUCCUGGGAUAUCCAGAAAAAGUUGAUAGCACUGUUUUUGCUCUACAUGAAGUUGGUUAAAAUUUGCAGAACUUAUAAGUAAUGGCUUAGAAUGUGAAGGAAUAAGGUCACUUGGAAUUCUUAUACAUAAUUUCUGAGUGAGUUGUGUUGUGUUCCUGAUGAAGACACUACAGACUUAUCAUUACUGUUUCUCAACCUUGGACAUCAGAACUUUCUUUUA